AUGGGUGGAUUCACUCUGACUGUGUGCAGAUUAAGACACAAGAGACGAGCUGCUUCGUGCUCCACUAGAGACAGAAAUACUCUCAGUGAGACUGUGAGAGAAGAGAAAGAGAGCAAGACUGGCAGAUUGACUCUGAAUGAUAACGUCACUGCACGUGUCUUCACUGGGACCAUCACUGGACUGACAGCAGAGGAUGCUGGGAAAUACUGGUGUGCAGUGACAUUAGAAACAGACCUCAAUUAUCUUUACACUCAUCUGAUCGUCAUCAUGAAUGAGGAGCUGAACUUGACUAAGUAUGAAGGAGACAACGUGUCAAUCCAGUGCAAACAUCAUGAUGAAGAUCAGAAGAGCUUCUGCAAAGCACAUGAAGCCUCCAUGUGUGUGAAGGAUGGAGUUUCAUUGGAGACGAUCAGAGAUGAUCGAUUCUCUUUCAGUGAUGAAGCAUCUUCUGGAGUCUUUACUGUGAACAUCACUGAUCUGAGAGAAGAGGAUUCUGGGAUAUACUGGUGUGGACCUCACGUCAUCACUAAAGUCAGUCUCACUGUUAAAAUGGAUUUCUCUUUGCUGAACAUAAUUUCUUUGUGUUCGACUCUGCUGCUGGUCGGAGGAGGAUUCACUGUGACUGUGUGUAAAGGUGAUGCUCGCCUUCAUAAACACACACAUGUUUAUCUAGAAGGCAGAUUAUGUCUAAUAGACCUACAGACUAACCCAAAAUGUGAAAAAAGAAGAAUGAAGAUCAUCUGGACGUUCACUCUGCUGAUGAUUCCUGGUGUCGUGAGCUCCAUCAGUGUGAGAGGAUAUUCAGGAGGAGGAGUCAUCAUCACAUGCAGAUAUGAUAGAGAAUAUAAGAAAAAUGCAAAGUAUUUUUGUAGAGGAGAGUGGUCCACAUGCUCUGAACUCAUCAAGACUGUUAAGAAAAGCAAAUGGGUUGAUUCUGGAAGAUUCUCACUGUAUGUCAACACAAGAGCAGCAGUUUUCACUGUGACCUUCAGAGAUCUGAGUGAACAGGAUUCUGGGACGUACUAUUGUGGAGUUGAGAAACUAGGACCAGAUCGUUACACUGAAGUGAAUCUAAAUGUUGUAACAGCUGAUUGUUGUGAGAAGAGCAUCAGUCUCUCAGCUGCUGCAGGAGGAUCUGUGAACAUCAGCUGCAAAUACCCACAAUCCCACAGUGCUGAUGUGAAGUUUGUCUGCAGGAGAUCUGGAUCUGAUCUCUGUGCUGAAGAGACGUCUGUGGAGGAGAGCAGAAGAUGGAGCGCUGAGGGACAGAUGCAGCUGUAUGAUGACAGAGAGCAGCAUCUCCUGACGGGAACCAUCAGUCAUGUGACUCAACAACAUUCAGCUGAAUACUGGUGUGGAGUUCAGUCUGAUCAAGGACACAAGAGCUUCAUCACUCGAGUCCUCAUCAGCGUCACAGAUGUUUCAGAAACAACUUCACCACAACCAACAUCUUCAUCAUCAUCAUCUUCUUCUUCUUUCUCAUCAGUCAGGACUCCACUGAUCACAGGAGUUUCUAAAUCGUCUCCAUCUAGUUUUACACCAGCAGGCUCUUCUCUGAUCGUCUCUCUGGUUCUGGUUCUUCUGGUUCUGAUCAUCGUUGGUCUCUUAUUACUGUUUCUCUGUAAGAAGCAUCAGUCUCGAGCAGGCAGUGAUUCGUCAUCUCAGACUGGAGCAGGAAAACCUGAAGCAGUUUCUCACACUGGAUGUGAUUAUGAGGAGAUUAAAGACUCUCACAAACAAUUACCCACAAACCCCUCUGUUUCUGCUAACUUACAUGCAACAUCAGAGAUGAUGAAGUGCUUCGGGUGCGGAACUGUAGGCCAUCUGAUCCGGUCGUGCCCGGAGAGGUUAACGUCAGGUGAAGCAGCCGCUCAGGUGGAGGAACAGCCGAGUACAAGCGGAGCGGCCGCUUCAGUCACAACAAAGAGAAAUACACGAGCUGCACGAGAGGAAAGCGACGAUAGUAAUCCCGAGAAGGAAGUAACGAGCAAGCAAAGAGAGCUGGAAGUUCAAAGAGACCCAAAGGUAGGCACGGAGACUGUUGGUAUCGUUACUAGAAUAGCUGAAUCAGCGCUGCUUGAUGAGGAGAGUGCUGUGUGUGAGAGCGAUCUGGUUAAACAGUCUAUCAAAAGAAAAGAGCUAGAUAACACGCUGAACGCAGAGCAGGCUAGUAAAGUAUCAAAGUUGGCUUCAGUGAACGGCUCGCAGUCUGAGGAGAGCUGGAUGGACACGCAGGAGAGUGUAGGUGAGUCUAGUGCUGACACACAGCUGGAAGCUUUCACUAGACUCCCUUCAUUCUUACAGGACACUAAAGGCAUAAG